UAUCAGAAUCUGCUCCGUCCUUCGUUUUGGAAUUCGCCGACGAUCGAUGGAGUCUCGGUCCAUUCCCGGCGCGUACGCGUACGAGCCGCUGCCCCACUCCUCCGACGACGCCCAUGGCCACGACGACCGCCGGAGCACCGGCGGCGUGAGGUGGCGCGCGUGCGCGGCCGUUCUUGCGGCGUCGGCCCUGGUCGUGUUCGUGGUCGCCAGCACGCUCGCCGGGUCCAGGGUGGACCGCGUGGCCGUCGACGUGGCUGCCAUGCCGGCGCUGUCGGAGACGGCGAGGAGCCGUGGGAGGGACGCGGGCGUGUCGGAGAAGACGUCCGGCGCGGCGGAGGAGAUGGGGUUCCUCGGCGCCGGCUCCGGCGCCGACGCCGACGGGUUCCCGUGGAGCAACGCCAUGCUGCAGUGGCAGCGCACGGGUUUCCAUUUCCAGCCCGAGAUGAACUGGAUGAACGAUCCCAACGGUCCGGUUUAUUACCGCGGAUGGUACCACCUCUUCUACCAGUACAACCCCGAGGGGGCGGUCUGGGGCAACAUCGCGUGGGGCCACGCCGUGUCCCGGGACCUGGUCCACUGGCGCCACCUCCCGCUUGCCAUGGUGCCCGACCAAUGGUACGACAUCAACGGUGUCUGGACGGGCUCCGCCACCGUGUUCCCCGACGGGACCCUCAACAUGCUCUACACGGGGUCCACCAACGCCUCCGUGCAGGUUCAGUGCCUCGCCGUGCCCGAGGACCCCAGCGACUCCCUCCUCCGCAACUGGACCAAGCACGAAGCCAACCCCGUGCUCCUCCCGCCACCCGGGAUCGGUGACAAGGACUUCCGUGACCCGACCACCGCCUGGUUCGAUGAGUCCGACCAGACGUGGCGCACCGUCAUCGGGUCCAAGGACAACAACGGCCACGCCGGUAUCGCCAUGGUGUACAAGACCAAGGACUUCCUCAACUACGAGCUCAUCCCAGGAUACUUGCAUCGCGUCGACGGCACUGGCAUGUGGGAGUGCAUCGACUUCUACCCCGUUGGAGGCAAGAACGGCAGUGAGGAGUUGUACGUGAUCAAGGAGAGCAGCGACGACGACCGACAUGACUGGUACACGCUAGGGAAAUACGACGCGGCAGCCAACACGUUCACGGCCGCGGACCCGGAGAACGACCUAGGGAUUGGGCUGAGGUACGACUGGGGCAAGUUCUACGCAUCCAAGACCUUCUACGACCCGGCCAAGAAUCGGCGCGUGCUCUGGGGAUGGAUCGGUGAGACCGACUCUGAGCGCGCCGAUGUCGCCAAGGGAUGGGCAUCCCUCAUGUCGAUCCCGAGGACGGUGGAGCUCGACGAGAAGACCCGGACCAACCUCAUCCAGUGGCCGGUGGAGGAGCUCGAGACCCUCCGCAUCAACUCCACCGACCUCAGUGGAGUCACCAUCGACCAUGGUAGCGUCUACCCAUUGGCGCUCCACCGUGCCACACAACUCGACAUCGAGGCUUCCUUCCGCCUCGACUCCGCCACCAUCGCCGCCCUCAACGAGGCUGACGUUGGCUACAACUGCAGCACCAGCGGCGGCUCUGCCAACCGUGGUGCACUCGGCCCCUUUGGCCUACUCGUCCUUGCCGACGGUAAGGAGGAGCAGACGGCGGUGUACUUCUAUGUGGCCAAGGGCCUUGAUGGGGGCCUCCAGACCCACUUCUGCCACGACGAGUCGCGGUCUACACUGGCCAAGGAUGUCGUGAAGCGAGUGGUGGGAUACACCGUGCCUAUCCUCGAUGGCGAGGCAUUCUCCGUGAGGGUGCUCGUGGACCACUCAAUCGUGGAGAGCUUCGCCAUGGGCGGAAGGUCCACAGCGACAUCGAGGGUGUACCCAACGGAGGCUAUCUACGGCGCUGCCGGUGCAUAUCUUUUCAACAAUGCCACCAGCGGCACCGUCACCGUCGAGAAGCUCGUGGUGCAUGAGAUGGACUCGUCCUACAACCAGAUCUUCAUGGCUGACGACUUGUAGUCAUCGUCAUCCAUGGAUAGCGUGCGCGGAUGGUGAGGAUGAUCACCUACUACAUAUACAUACAUACUAUUGAUCGAUCGAUCGCCGGAUCGGUCGGUGGCGGCUUCCUCUUCUCUUGGAUGCAGAAGGAGAUGGAGUACUAGCUACUCUAUUUACCAUGUUGUUGUUUUGUUGGUUUUUUGGGUUUUGGGUUUUUGACGAGAUGGAUGAAUUAGCUAUAGAUGGACGAUUGUGUCCUAUUUCUCUCCUGCCUUCCGAGUGUAACUAUACAUAUAUUGGCAGGAUCGAUGAUAUCUCUACUGCAUGACAGUGAUGAUUAAUUAUUUUGAUGAUAUUGAUCAAUCAAUUGUAAAUGAAAUUAUUGGGGAAAGGUUUAUGAAAUUGGAUUAUGUACGAUAA